UGUUUAGGGGUACUUUAGACUUUUCGUUUAAAUUAGGGUUUUGUUUUACGGAGGUCAUAUAUAAAUUAGUUUGUUCGUCAAAUCACAAAAAAGCUCCGCUCCGGCAUCAUCACCAUCUAAACCCGAGUCUCUCUCACGGUCUUGGAAAUGGCGACAGUACCGGGACAAUUGGUAUGGGAGAUCGUUAAGAGAAACAACUGUUUCUUGGUCAAACAGUUCGGUAGAGGCAAUGCCAAAGUUCUCUUCAGCAAAGAGAAGAACAAUCUCUGCAACCUCAACUCCUACAAGCACUCUGGUCUUGCAAACAAGAAGACAGUGACCAUCCAGCCAGCUGACAAGGAACAAGGUGUUGUCCUUGCCACCACCAAGACCAAGAAGCAGAACAAGCCUAAGGUCUCUGUCAACAAGUCUAUCCUUAAGAAGGAAUUCCCCAGGAUGUCCAAGGCUGUUGUUAACCAGGUGGUUGACAACUACUACAGGCCAGACUUGAAGAAAUUCGCUCUUGCCAGACUCAGUGUCAUCAGCAAAAGCAUUAGGGUUGCCAAGUCCGGUGCCAAGCAAAGAAACCGUCAAGCUUAAGCUUUUAUUCCAGAAACUGUUUGUUUUUUUUUUUUUUGAGUAAAAGCUUUAGCCGAAGGGUUUUUAUUUAAGUUGUUUUUGUUGAAGUUGAACCACAACACUAUGCUAUGCUCCUUUCGUUACCCUUUUCAACAAGGAGUUAGAACUUUCUCUUA